UCUUCACCCUUUUCAAAGUAUUCACAAUCAGACACAUCGGUAUAGAGUUAGCUCUGUAUACCAAAGCUAACUCUGUAUACCUCGUUAGCAAACAUUUAAGAUCUACAAUCCCAGAUAUUAAGUGCCUAUUUACAUUUGACAUACUUGUCAAUACAACAAUAGGACUUUCAACCUUAGUUUUUCAGCGACUUCUCGUGUGGCAGGCUUGGCUGGGUAUACGGAUAGGAAAUUCAAUAGUACUUAAUAGGCCUAUAUGCUUGAAUUUGCUAUUGGUCAAGGUCUCAUCCGUCAUGAGGAAUAUAUUGUUUGUACAGUCGAUGACAGUGUUCAGAACAAUAUCCCAUCAUGGAGCCAGAAGUAGCUGUGUUUACUGGACAAAGAUUACCUGCAACGCGUCAGCUUCACAUAGGCCUAUUCAUACGACUGUAAUCUCUAAAGCACAGUACCCAGCUUUAGUCAGUACGGAAUGGAUAGCAGAAGCAAUGACAUCACGGAAGACACCGGAAGGAAGACCCUUCCGAGUUCUUGACGCUACUAGGAUCGGGGCGGAAACUAUGGAGGCACGCAUUCCCGGAAGUCAUCACAUUGACCUACACCAACUCUGCGACAAGGACUCGCCCUAUCGUUUCACCGUCCCGACUCCCGAGAAGUUUUCCGAGUACGUAGGAGAGACACUCGGCGUCGACAACGACACGCACGUCGUUCUCUACGAGGAGCAGGUCAAGGUCAUGACGGCACCGAGGAUAUGGUGGAUGUUCCGGUAUUUCAACCACGAUGCCAUCUCCGUACUGGACGGCGGGCUUCCGCAGUGGAUGGCGGAGAACCGAAUGGUGACGGAGGUACCACCGCCUGCGCCAGAAGCUGCCGAGUUCAAGGUGACGGAGAGACGCGAGGAACUCUACAAGGGUUUCGAAGACAUAUUACAGAACGUGAAGGAUAAAGAAUUCCAGAUCAUGGAUGCUCGUCUUGAGGAAUGGUAUGAUGGAUCGAAGCCUUCUGUUUAUGAAGAUACCCCCCUUGGUAUCAUGAAGAUGGCGACAAACAUCCCUUUCAACAACGUUCUCAACGAUGACGGCACUAAGUUCAGGUCACCCGACGACCUCCGACACCUCUUCAAGUCACGCGGCAUCGACCUGUCCCGACCUUUGACCUCGUCAUGCUACAUUGGAAUCACAGCCUCCAUCCUAGCCAUGAGCGCCUUCCUGGUGGGGAAGGAAGACGUAGCAGUGUAUGACGGCUCCUGGGAAGAAUAUGCCCAAAAGGGACCUAAGGACUCGAUGAAUUUAUACACAUACGAAGAAAAAGAACCAUAAAUCUGCCUUCCCAAUAGACUUAUAUCCUUAUGGUUCUUAUUGCAAAUUGUCGGUAUGUUCCAAAAUUGUUAUGCAAGUAUUUUGUAAAGAAUGAUAAGUGAAAAAGUCUGCUUACAGGAAACGAUAUGUUCAUCUAUAUUUAAGUCUAUCGGUAGACUAAUUUCCGACCGGUCACAUAUUCAGUUAUUCUGUCAGUCCUACAGCAUCAUGAUCAUUGAUUUAAUCUUAAAGAUUGUUUUCAGUCGACAUCCAAGAUAAUCCCCAGAAAUUUGAUUUUCUUUGGGAUUAAUAAUAUGCUGUAAAGCGCUUUGAGCCGUUCUUGGAAAAGCGCUAUAUAAAACUUGGCUAUUAUUAUUAUCAUUGGGAUUAAAUCAAAUAAACAGAUAACUGUAACAUGAUCACGAAGAUGACUUUAAAAUAGUUGAAAUUGCAACAUUCUUUAUUCCUUUUUGAAAGAAAAGAAUAAGUAUUUCUUUGCAUAUUAGUAAUUACGAUUACAUUUUCUGUGAUAUUCAGUCUUAUUCAAAUUGCAUGUAGAUGUAGUCUCUAUAACAACAAUGCCAUGUACAAAUUCCCUUUGAAUUGUAAUAUACAAGUAGUCUAAACAUGCUUUGAUUUUUUUUUUUUUUAAGGGAUUUUGUAUUUUCUGCUACAUACUGAAGUAAAGGCUUUACUGUGGUGGAAGAGAAACUAAUUAUGAAAAACAGUAUAAGUAUGAAUAAAUUCAAGGUGAAAUUACUACAUUUUAACAGUCAUGAAUUUUAGAACCCGAACCUGCAUCAAAUCGGCGUUACUGUAAACAGUAUUCCCAGACCUUCCAACCUUCUACAACCCCUUAAAAAGUAUUCUUAGAAGGAGAAUUUUUUUUUUUUUUUUUACAAAAAAGAGUAUUAAAAAAAACUUGGCUCAACGUAAUAAUCACCAGUCUGUUGUAGUGAGAUCGGUGAAAAAAAUAUGUGAAAUGACUCUACUUGAAAACUUGAUAAUUCACCCUUAUAAACUUGUGCUCGUAGGCCAGAAUUUACUUGUUUUUGUCAUGCAACAAGUUACUGGCCCCGACAGUGAUUUUUACCGGUCUGGGACUAGUGUCACGCGUUGUGUAUAAUACAUACUCCAUGAUCAGAAGUACUAAAUCAUACAAAAAAGUAUUCAUAGCAAAAAAGGAGGAACAAAUACUCUAAAAAGGGAAUGGUUGGCAACUUGGCAUGUCUGUAUUCCCAUACUGCUAUUAAAGAAUUGCACUUGUAGCACACACAUACAU